UAGACAUUUGACGUGGAUCAUUGCUGAAAAAUGAUUGAUGGUUAUCAUGCACAUUAAUUUGACAUGGAAGCUUACCAAAAGAGAUGAGGCCUUGGUGCAAAGCAAGAGUGCCAUAGAAAAAGGUUUAUUUUUUAGUGUUUUUUUUUUUCAUGCAGAAUUCUCUGUUUUCAUUGACGAUUUCAUUGAAUUGAAGUUGGGUUUCUUUGGAAAUUGGUUUGGGAUCUGUUUGAUAGUAUUUUUAUGUUUGUUGAGUUGAAUUGUUGAAGAAACAAUGACCAAGAAAAGGAGGCAGUUGAUUGAUAAACAGCCCGAUGGCAGUAGUGGAGGUUAUUCGGGUGGGAUCCGUGAUCUUGAAACACAACUCAAGCUUUAUGAUUGAGCUUGCAAAAAUGUUGUCGGCAGAGGGACAAAGUCAUCUUUUUGUACAUUGGCCUGAACAAGGUGUUGAUGAUGAAGAAAAGAAAAGUUUCUUUGAUCAGGUAACUCGGCUUAAUUCAAGCUAUCUAGGUGGUUUGGCAUCAUAUAUUCGAAAUGCGAGGAAUCUGUUAGCAGAUUCAAAAGCAGGGAAAAAUCCAUUUAAUGGCUUUACUCCUUCGGUAAGUGAAUCCAUUAAAUUUGUUUUGCAAUUUGUGUUUCUUGUACAUUUCUGCCAGAAACUUGUUUUCAAUUUCACUUCUUUUUGUUUUUUAAUGAGAAAGAUUUGCACAAUGGUUACGGUCGCAUGGUGGGGUACUCAUCUUUAGCUACGGAUUUUAUUCGUAGCUUUUGACCACUUUUCUGGUCGUGUAGCAAAAGCUAACGAUUUAGCGGCGUCCAGCACAACUGUCAGUAAAGGUCCUGGCCGUCG